AUGCGCAUUCCCAGCUCGAUGAAGCCGAAGACGAUGAAUCCAAUCCGGUCCACCUUUGCAGUCUUCCACCACACCCUUGUGGCGUCGUCCAGCCAUGCUUCCAGAGGGUACAUCAGAAGACAAUGCCACCCAGGCCUUCUUCCAGUCCGGUCCUUCACCGCGAAGACACGACUCUACUCUGCUUCGACCCUGACCGUCAACCAGCAGAGGCUAUGGGACACUCUGCACCACACCGCACAGUGGGGUGGUACACCUGAAGGCGGGGUCCGACGCCUGACUCUCACCCAAGAAGACAAGGCCGUCCGCGACUGGUUCGUCGACACGGUGCAGCAGUACGGGGCGACGGUCAAGAUCGAUGAAAUGGGCAAUCUCUUCGCCGUCCGACCGGGCCAAAACAACGACAUUGCUCCGAUCGGAAUCGGAUCCCAUCUGGACACACAGCCCGCCGGCGGCCGGUACGACGGCAUCCUAGGGGUCCAAGCAGGGAUCGAGGUCUUGAAAGUCUUGCACGAGAACGAGUACACCACCUAUGCCCCGAUCGCAGUAAUAAACUGGACGAACGAAGAAGGUGCCCGUUUCAACACGGGCAUGUUAUCCAGUGCCGUGUGGGCAGGUAAAGUGUCGUUGGAAGACGCGUACAACCACAUCGACUCGGACGGCUUGCGUUUCCAAGACGAACUCACCAAUAUCGGAUACCUUGGCCCUGUCAAGGCCACUCACACAGCAAACCCGCUCUCAGCCCAUUUCGAAUACCAUAUCGAACAAGGGCCCUUGCUGGAGGACGAGUCCAAAUCCGUCGGCGUAGUGACCGGAGUCCAGGGAAUGACUUGGCUUAUGGUGACUGUGAACGGGCGAUGCCAGCACUGUGGCACCACGCCGAUCGAUCGACGAGCCGACGCUCUCCUUGCGGCAGCGCAGAUGAUUUCACGAAUCAAUACCAUUGCUUGGGAAAAUAAGGGCGUGACCACCGUUGGGGUCAUCAAUUCUGAACCGCAGUCCCCUGGCACGAUCCCCGGAACAGUCACGUUCAGCGUCGACAUCGAACACCUUUCCAACGACAUUUUGGACAGCAUGGCCCAGAUCGUGCAGGAAGAAUGCGCUUCUAUUGCGGGAAGCAACAGCUGCACGGUCGAUAUCAAGCAGAUCUGGAGGAGUGCCGCCGUACAGUUUAACAAGGACUGUAUCGACGCCGUGCGAUCAUCUGCCAUUGAGCUCGUGGGAAAGGAUGGGUACCGAGAACUACCCGCUGGGGCGGGUCAUGAUAGCGUCAAUACUUCGUAUAUCUGUCCCACGUCCAUGGUGUUUAUUCCAUCGAGGAAUGGGAUAUCGCACCACCCGAGCGAGUAUUCGACGCCUGAGCACUGUGCAUUGGGGGCGCAAGUCUUGUUGAAUGCUGUCCUGCGAUUCGACCAGGGUCUGAGGGGCCAUUGA